UUUUUUGUCUAACUUAAAUACCUCAUUUAUCUAUUUGUCUAACUUAAAUCCUCAUUAGAUAGGAUUUUUUCUACUUACGAAUUUUUAGAUAGGGUUGCUUCGACUUACGAAUUUUUUCUCCCAAUGCAUUCCUAUGGGAUUUGACUUACAAUUUUUUUCGACUUACAAAUGUGCGUUCGGAACGCACUAAAUUCGUAAGUAGAGGUACCACUGUACACUAUUUUGGCUCUAUGCUCUAUCUCUAGAACUUAACCCCAAUGUAAUUGGCAAGUCGUCUGUAUUUUUAGAGGGUUACCGUAAUUUGUUUGGCUGUUCUGGUUAUAUGAAGUUGAUAAUGAGCUGGAUCUAUGGCUGCUUAAAAUGUAUCUUGGUCUCAUACUAUUGUAUUCAAAAAUUGAUUAGUUUCAAGAUGAACACAUAACCACUUUGGACUUUCUCAUGCAAUGCAAAGUAUACCAUUUAUUCUUUCUUCCUGAUGCUUCCCCAUCGCUCCCACCCCCAAAACUCACUUAAAAACUGUUAGGCAAAAUGAGUCCUGUCUCCCAGGAGAUUUAGCAACGGGUCUAUUCCAACACACUCUUUCCUGCAUUUCUACAACUUAGCUGGUUGACUCCCAUCAGUAACUUGUUUUGACUUUGUCUAGUUUUUUCAAUUUUAUCAGAACUUUGAAGAAUUGAAAUGUACAAUAUUUUGCCCCUCCCUGUUGUUACUACCCUCAUUUUUUUUAAAAAAAAUAACAACUAGGUUUUUUGUUUUUGUUUUUUUUAACCAGAAAUGCAAAAUAUACAUUGUGGCAUAACAUGUGCUUUUAGUAAGCCAUCGCAGAAAUGAACUAGUGGUGUACAUCUCUUAUUUAUUUCCUUUCCUCACUCCUUCCUCAGAACAAUAUAAAUAUAAUAAAACAGUUGGGGACAGGUUUCACGCAGAAAUGCUGCUCAUUCAUAGGCAGCUAGGAAGUAGGAGAAAUACUUUGCUUGGGUUUGUAACAUCUGGAUGUCUCAUUGUGGUUUCUGUAUUGCUUGAUCUGAGAUUAUAAAUCACAGUCCUUAGAUUGUGAGCUAUUAGGGGUCAUGGCUAUUUUUAAAAAUGCUGUAAACUACUCAGAGUUCUUGGUAUAGAAUGGGAUAUAAAUUAAAUAAAUACAUAAAACAAGGAAAGUAAGGAAAGUAGAGGAUAGAAAUUAUUAUUUACAAAAAAGGAAUGCAUGCAUUCCUGUUUAAAACUAAUUAUACAGCUUUGGUGAAUUUACUGUAUCCAUAGCAGAUCAGUAUUUAAUUUAGCAGGGCAGAAUCAGUAUUGCGUCGGAUUAGAGUACUCUAUGAACACAUACAGCAUAAGAAUAAAUAAGAAAUCUAUCUUCUAUAGGAGGAUUAGAUCAAAUUGCAAUAUUUUGCAAUAUUUUUAGAGUUCUGAAUCUAGGGAACUACAACAUCAUUUUUCUAAUGUACUCUGAACUCACUGUGCUAAUAGUAUAGUAUUGCAGUAUAGCUCCUCCCUGCUUUAUGGCACUGCUGCUCAAGAAUGUUUAUUUGCUAGACAACUUGAGUACUGGUAAAUAUUAGAAAGUUCUUGUGUUGUGGCGCAGAGGCAGUGCCUGUUGUAGAAGGAAAAAUACUGAACAAGCAGUGCUUCUUGGGCAUAUUCUCAACUGCUCCAUAUACAUAUGCUGGCACUCGGACAUGGCACUAGACAACAGGGACAUUAAUCAAAAUGAAGAGCUGCUUACAGCUGUCACUCUACAGGCUCUUCUUGAACUUCCCCCUUCUUCCUUGGCUGGACCUCACAAACAUGCUCAAGUUCUUGGCACAGACAGACGAGAGCUGGUGACAAACAACUGCAAUGAUGUUGAAGUGGUCACACAUCUGCUGGCUGAGAGAGAUCGGGACCUUGAAUUGGCAGCACGAAUUGGACAAGCCCUACUUAAACGGAACCAUAUCCUAACUGAGCAAAAUGAAGCUCUGGAAGAACAACUGGGACAGGCCUUUGAUAAAGUUCACCAGCUGCAACAUGAACUAACAAAAAAAGAUGAGCUGCUUCGUGUCGUUUCCAUUGCCUCUGAAGAAAGCGAGACUGACUCUAGCUGUUCCACACCCCUGCGCUUCAAUGAGUCCUUCAACCUGUCACAGAGUCUUCUACAGUUGGAUAUAUUGCAGGAUAAACUCAGGGAACUGGAGGAGGAAAACAUUUCUCUUCGGACAAAGGCCUGCCAUCUGAAGACUGAAACCAUGACAUAUGAAGAGAAGGAGCAGCAGCUGGUCAGUGACUGUGUCAAAGAGAUCAGGGAAACGAAUGCUCAGAUAGCAAGAAUGAGUGAAGAGCUGUCAAGGAAGAAUGAAGAGCUGCUACAGUACCAGGAAGAGAUCUCAUCCCUCUUGUCCCAGAUUGUUGAUCUUCAGCAUAAAAUUAAAGAGCAUGUAAUUGAAAAGGAAGAGUUGAAAUUGCACCUACAAGCUUCCAAAGAUGCCCAGAGACAGCUGACAGCAGAGCUGCAUGACUUGCAAGAGCGGAGUGCCGAGUGUCUGGGGAUGUUGCAUGAGUCUCAGGAAGAAGCGAAGGGGCUUCGCAGCAAAGCCAGCCACGCUGCCCUUCUCUGUCGGCCACAGUCAUGUGGAGCCUUUCCUGUGGAGUCUUUGGCAGCAGAGAUUGAGGGAACGAUGCGGAGAGAGCUGAGUCUGGAUGAGGAAUCCCUCUCUAAGCAAAAGGUUCAACAGAAGCGCAUAUUUGAUACUGUCAGAGUUGCCAACGUUGCACGUGGCCGUUCCACUUUGUGUCCUGCCCCGCUACCCAUUCCAGGGUCAAAUCGCUCAAGUGUUGUCAUGACAGCAAAGCCUUUCCAUUCUGACUUGAGACAACUGGAAGGAAAGAUGACUCUGCCUCAGAAGACCAGCUCAGAGAACCUUUCCAACAGGGAAGCUCAAAAACUCAGCCAUCCCGGCAUCCCUGGACAAAAUGACUUAGCCACUGCUCUACACAGACUUUCCCUCCGUCGGCAGAACUACUUGAGCGAAAAGCAGUUCUUUGAAGAGGAAUGGGAGCGCCAGAUGUGUUUUCUGACUGACCAGAAAGAAGAAUUUAGUGGCUGUAGCACCCCAGUGGAGAGCUGCCUUUCAUUGGGGAGCAGUACAGAACUGGCUGAUUUCUCUGGCACCUCCAGCAACAGCUUACGUUCCCUCCUCCCAGACAAACUGCAGAUUGUCAAACCCCUCGAAGGUUCUCAGACCCUGUUCCAUUGGCAACAGUUGGCUCAGCCUAACCUCGGCACAAUUCUCGACCCACGUCCAGGCGUUGUGACAAAAGGUUUCACACCACUCUCCGAAGCUGACGGCUACCACCUCUCUGAUUUUGAAGAAGACGAGGAAGAAAGGGAUGAAGGCAUAACCUUCCAAGUGCAGCAGUCUCCUCUCGAGGAAAAGAAACUCACAGUGCCAAAGUCAUUGGCAGGAAUCUUUCUGCCACCUACUAAUUUAGCAACGGUUUCCCUAGCAGCUUCAAAUCCAGGAAAAUGUCUCUCAUCUACAAACUCUACAUUUACUUUUACCACCUGUAGGAUUCUCCAUCCAUCCGAUAUCACUCAGGUCACCCCCAGUGCUUCAUAUGCUCCCUUGUGCUCUGGAAGUGGCAGCAGUGCGAGCAGUACAGUCACAAGCUCCCCAUCCGCAUCCUACAGGCUUAGUAUUGGAGAAUUCCUGACUAGCACAAGAGACUCGACCAUCACUUUCAGUACAAGCUUAGCUAAGCUUCUGCAAGAGCAAGGCAUCUCAGCCAAGGUCUACAACAGUCCAGCCUUGGAGAAAGUGCCACCGUUUCAUUCCCCCAAGAUACUUGCCGUUCCCUCAACGCCACCCAAUUCUCCUCUACAUUCCCCUUGUCCUUCCCCUUUGCCGUUUGAGUCUCGAGUAAAUGCCUCUGAAAACUUUUUGGCCUCUCGGCCUGCUGAAACAUUACUGCAGGAGAUGUACGGACAGAAAACCUCUAAUCCUCCCGACGCAGGACAACUGAAGAUGAACCUGGUGGAGAGACUAAAGAAGCUGGGCAUUGUCAGAGCUGUCAAACAGCCAGAGGCAGGGGACAGUGGGAAGGUUCAGGGGGGAAAGAGUGGUCUCCACCGGCAUGACUCUGCUGCGUAUGUAAGUGCAGGCAGCAAUCUGAUGGGUGGGCUGAGAAGAAACCACAGCCUUCCCGUCUUGAUCGGGGCACUUGGAGGUCCAGUGAGCACAUCCUCCGCAAAAAUGGGAAUUCUAGAGGAGAACUGAGCAGUUCACCAUGGACUUGGGGAUGUAGGUUAAGAGGAGGUUUAAAAAGAGGGUUGUUGUAGGAGGCAGGUAUAUGGCUAAAGUAGGGGAGGGAGGACUUUGCAUGGAGUAUGGAAAAGAAGUCAUACAUUUUAAGAGAGGAAGAAUAGGAAGAAAACCAAAGUUCAGUUUUGAGAGCACUGAAAUUUCUAAUCGUCCAUCAUGAUCAAUAGGAGGGUAGCACAAAUUGUAUUUUCAAGCUUUGUAUGGAACAGUAAAUAUCUACGCAAGUCCUGUAUCUUCUGUGUAUUUGGUCAGGUGUUAUCUGAGAGAUGCUGCCACUGAACUGUAAUUCUAAGGAAAGGGGCAGAUGGGGCAGUGUCGCAGAGCCACUCUCCCAGUACUGUUGUCGCUGCUGCUGACCUGGACAGGGCAGGGCAGGGAGGUCAAUGCUGCACAGGGACACUGGUGAGAAUGCUGGAUUGGGUCCGCCAGUGCACCUGCACAGCCCUGACCUCUAUGAUGCCGUGCUCCAUCUAGGUACGUGAAGCAGUGCCAGAGUCUGGAGGGCAGUACCGCUGCACCAUACCAACCUCCCCUGCAGAGGAGCAAAAUUGGAAAUUAUAUAUAUAUAUAUAGGCUCUCCUAAAAAUGAAGCAUCACAAGCUUAGCGGAGAAAAUAUUUGUGAUGGGUAUUCAUAUUUAGGAGGGCGUAAUUAUGACAUCAUGUCCCGUUGCACAAGUUAAAAAAAGAAAACCCAUCUUAGGCAAAUAUUUACAAGGAAGUAAAAUUGAGGUCCUUUAUUUUAGGGUACAUAUUUUACUUUAUCGGGAGCAUAUAUUUAGCAGAAACAGAGCUAUGUGUUUGACAUUCUCCAUCUAUGUUUGGGACAUGUUGAAUACUGGAAUGGUAUUUUCUGUAGAUGUGUGACACAACCUCAGUCUGAAAUGUCCGUGGCUCCAAGCCACAGUCUGGGAAGAUCAUUUUUACAGCUAAAUCAGUUUUCCUCUGAUUCUUAGUAGAUUCCGCCUGCACGGCUUUAAUAGAGGAGAAAAUCAAAUGCACAAAGCAACAUGCAUAACUUUCCGUGUUAAUGUGGAACCAACAUAGCAGUGGUUUCUUUUCAUGCUGCAGUAGACAAAAGCAUCGGCAUUGCUAAAAGGAGAGGAAGAGAAACCUGUUCUCAUUGAUAAGAUAAUGUUCUGAAUGAAUUAUUCUGUGAUGGAAAGUUUUCUUUUCUUUUUUUUGUUUUGCCAGAAUGAGCAGAUAGAAAUUUGGUCUCUCUCGGGAUAGCUUGGAGGUGAGGCAGAGGCAGGAGAAGGGAAGAGGAAGCACGCCUAACUUGGGUACCUCCCUGUUUUCACACUUUCUGUGUGACGGCUGAAGUGGAAACUUGAGAUGCAGGACCUCUAAGCACAGCUAAAAGGCAUGAGGAUAUUCCAAACCAUGAUACGCUUGCAAUGAGCUCCAUGGUAAAAUAAAGCACAAACGGUGGCUGGGUGACCUGACAAGACCUCCGGUUACUUCAAGUUAUAACCACAAAUUCCAAACAAAUUAACUGCAAACCAAGCCAUCAGGUCUUUUAUAUCCAUGUGUGAUUUGCAACAUAAUUUUUCUCCUCUUAACCAAUCCCUUAGGUGGGGAUUUCUGGUGGUUUCUAUAAAGCAGAAGUUCCCAAAAACAAUGAUCACCAAGUGCUUUUGUCAACUGCUCUCCCUCAGUAUCACCUAGGAGCAUAUAUAAUAGCUCCAUAGGUUGUGCAAACUAAAUGAAAUCCUGUAAAUAGUAAAUGUUUAUUUAUAAAUUACUAUUAACUGUAUACGGGUUGACUACAGUUUAAAUGACAAGCAUGUUCUGAAAAUCUGAAAGCACUCGGGGUGCAUUUCCUUGGUGUAUGAAACCUUGCAUUCCUUGGCAAGAAAAAUAAAAAGGAAUUUUGUUUAAUUUCUUAAACUUGGAGUCCAACACAUCCUGUUGUAUUUCUGCAGCAGCAGAGAAAGAUUAGGUAAUGAAAUGGUAGCAUUUCCCCAGGAAAUCCAGCAAUACUUUGAGGGAAACAAGCACAACCUUUCUGCUAGCAAGUUAAGGUAUGUCUGAUUUAUGUAAUCUGUAAAUUCCUUCUGCGAUCUUUUGAUUAAAAUAAUAAUAAUCUAAAAUGAUGAGUGGAUUUCUAACGGGCUUUCGUGUAACUGCAUCUGUUUUUAGGUUAUACUGUAUGCACCCUGUUAUCAGUGGAUGAAGCAGACCAUAUUCAUGUAAAAUUUAAUUUUGUAUCUUCAGUAAAUGCAUGUUCAUCUGUUCAAAGAGAGCUUCCCCCCCCUCUCCUUUCCAAAAAGGGUAGAAAAAAAUAUCAGUUCAGCAAAGUAGAAAGCCUGGUCUAGCCCCUGACAGUGGGGGCUGCUUAAUACAAUGGUUGUCGUCCCAUCAGAGUGAAGGCAGUGGUAGCAAGGAAGAAAACCUAUUUGUAUCCACAGUUGUUCAAGUGCAUUUUGUACAGUGUGCCUCAAGCCCAUUGUCUCAGCGAAACAGUACCUUUGUGCCAAAACCCCUCUCGGGCAUGAGCCUUGGAGCAUAGAACCAAUUCAAGAGAUGGUAGUAUAGAGUCAAAAAAUGCAAGUGACUCUCUGUGACAUCCCAGAUUCUUACAAUAUAAGGCAGUUUUUUUCUGACAGCAGUGGUUCAGCCAUCCAUAAUAGCAGGCCUGUAGGAUGUCUGAAAGGAAAUAAUUAUCAUGCGAACAAAGAGGCAAUCUUUUUACUAGCCAUCUUUUUACUAGCGUAUAUACUUGAAAAUGGGUACUAUAUUUAGGGGUGCCAACUGAGCACAAAAGACACACAUAAUAUGACUCAAUAUUGAAAAGAUUUUCAUUAUGUACUAUGAACUCAACGCACAUUUGAUAAAUAAAUGAUAUGUUUCAGUCUCUGUGCUUCUUGAACCAGAAAGCUGAUUUUUUUAAAAACAACCAAACAACCAAAUGGUUAUACAAAUUAGUAGUUGUUUUUGCAGCCAAAAAGGUAAAAUGUACCUCAGCUGAAGGGGGAAACCUUAUAUAAGCAGUAUAGAAAAGAGUGAAACUUUGACUCAGCUGGUUGUGCAACUUAUAAUCAGUGGCAGAUUGUUUUUGCACAUGACUUUAUUUUGAAGUGGAAACCAAGUGUUAUAAAUAAAUGCAUAAAACCCUUUUGCACA